AUGUCGGACGCCAUGCAAGUUGACCGUGUUGAUGCGGUUACGACCGCGCCCAACGCUGGCGAAGACGCGUCUCAUCGUUCUCCACCCUCGGAUCUUGUCAAUGACCAACAUCACAGCCCCAACACCAACAACGAUGGAGCCUGCUCUCCGAAAGAUAACACUACCUCUAUAUCGCCACGGGACGGGAAAGAGGAUCAUCGACGAUCUGAGGAAUUGGAGGACGCUCGCGAGACCAAACGGGCGCGAACAACCGUGAAGCAAACCACUCUCACAGCUCAUUUCAGCAAGAAGGACAAGGACAGUAGCAUAGGCACAAAGAAAUCCGGUGUAUCGCACAACACGGAUUCACCUCCCAUUUCUACCUCGACUUCACGAGACUCGUCGACCAACCGAGACUCACGCUCGUCGACCAAAGGAAAGGGUACCAACAACACAUACGCAGCUAUCAAAGAACAGCUCAAGGAAAUUGCAGCUUCGACAUUGGACGCCAUCGACGAAGGGUCGUACGAGUGCGAUGGGAAGCGAUACCAACUCCGCGACACAGUGGAUGACAUGAUCCAGAAAACCGAAUACUACCCACCCGAGUCCGAGUUGAAGGAAUGGCGGACUGGUGGGCUCGCCAAGCACCUGAAGACAGUAGGUGAACGAGUAUGGGCGCCUUUGGAUGAGCACAGCAGGGGUGAGGCGGAUGUGUCUCUGUCGGAACAAUCGACGCUGGAAGGAGCGAGAUACUUGUACGCGAUCCUGGAUUCAUUGCCUGAUGAAGAGGGCGUGGAUAAGAGGAUUGGUGUUCUCAACUUUGCGAGUGCGAAGAAACCUGGCGGCGGGUUCAUCAACGGUGCUCGAGCUCAAGAAGAGUCAAUAGCGCGCUCGUCAACUCUAUAUGCAUCCCUCAUGAUCGAUGUAGCCCAGAAAUUCUACGAGUUGCAUAACAAGGACCCAAGACAAGGAUACUACACCCAUGCAAUGAUUUAUUCCCCGGGUGUGCAACUCCUCAAAGAUGAUACAGGGAACUGGCUGGAACCGAUCGCAGUCGACGUUUUGACCAGCCCGGCCGUCAAUGCAGGCAUCGUCCGACGCGAUGGUCGGGACAGGAAGGAAGAUCAGGACGACGCCGGAGGAUCUCCGAAGGACCAAAGCAACGGCGAGGACAGUAAACAUUCAAGGACAUCGAAACCCAGGGGCAAAUGGAGCUGGAAAUCCGCCUCGAAACACAAACGACUGACCGACUCGGAAAUUGAGUCUGCAAUCACCAGGACCAUGUACGAACGAAUGGCCCGACUGCUCUAUCUCUUCGAGCUCCAGGGUGUGAAGAAUCUCGUCCUAGGCUCGUUCGGAACAGGUGUUUUCCAAAACAAAGUCGAUAUAGUGGCAAGCCUCUGGGUAGAGUUGGUCAUGAAGGAAGGGGCGAGGUUCAGAUGGAGUUUUGACCGCGUGUUGUUCGCAGUCAUUGGGGAUGAGACGUUUAAAACAUUUCAAAGAGUGUUCGGGGAGAAGAAGGCUGUUGGUGAUGGUAGACCGAGGUUCACAUUAGACGACUGGACCGAUGUCGCCUUGGAAGUUGCUUCUAAAGGCCAGGCGUCACCAGUGGAGGGCGACGAGAGCCCAAGUAGGGAAGUAAGUCAGCAAAACGGAGAGAAGGCAGGGCAGGCGUCGGCGAAGCAGGCUGUUAGUUUGGCGGCCGACGUCUCCAUGCAGGAUAUUUCGGUUUGA